UUUCAUUAAUUCAGUGAAACAUUUCAUUUGUGUUUCAAUUGUUUGGAUAUUGUGUUGAGUUGUGUUGACUGAAGCCAUGAAUGUCUACCAUUUCAGCGCAUUUAACGAUACGUUGGAUCCGAUUGACCACAAGAGUGUGGGAGCGGUGGUCACCGACAGCAACGACAACGAGGGAGAGGACAGUCGGGUAGGACUCGACAACUUAGGCAACACAUGCUAUUUGAAUGCUGUCGUCCAGUGUCUCGCAAAUACGGAUUCGUUGCGACACUACUUCUCGUCGUAUGAUUUUGAGGACGACUUAAACCGAUCGAAGGGUUUGAUUGCUUACCCAUUGGCCCGACUUAUCCGACAGCUGUGGACACCGAGUAGUGACGGCGCGAAGAGGUCUGUGCGGCCGACACACGUCCGGUCGUUGUGCGACCGCUGGUCGAGCCUAUCGUGGGGUCAGAACGACGCGCACGAGUUCUGCACUUUUCUCUUGGAUUCACUUCAUAACGAUUUGAAUCGCAGUCGUCUGAAGCCGUCGGCCAUCACUUCCAGCGCAGACGCAGACGACGAUAAUAAUAACUCGACGGAUGUGCACGCGUUGGCCAAUACUUCUUGGAAUGAGUUCAAGAGGUUUAACGACUCGAUUGUCGUCGACCUGUUCUAUGGCCAGUAUAUGUCGGCCAUUGUCUGCUCUGUUUGUCCCAAAAGAUCACUAAAAUUCGAUCCAUUCGUCUAUUUAUCACUUCCCAUACCAUUGACUCAUAAAGACAUUAAUCUUCGCGAUUGUCUUGACUUAUACUCAGCACCGGAAGUGCUCUCUCAGCAGAAUUCUUGGCAUUGCCCUCAAUGUCGGACGAGUCGUGAAGCGACAAAAUAUAGCCGUUUUUGGCGAUUACCGCGAAUUCUUAUCAUACAAUUUAAUCGUUUCUGUUUUGACACGAAUUCGUGUCCCGAAAAGAUCACAUCAUUUGUCGACUUCCCUCUCCAUGACUUAGAUCUGAGUUCGUAUUCACUGUCCGGACAGCUCUCCUCUUAUGAUUUGUAUGCUGUGGUCAACCAUUACGGCGAUGUGAAUGGCGGCCAUUACAAGGCUUACGCCAAAGACACCAAUAUUUUCAAAGGUUUAGGUUGGCGUUGUUUUGAUGAUAAUCGUGUCGAUGACAUGAGACCCGACUCUGUUAUCACCAGAAAUGCUUACAUUUUGUUUUACAAACGCAAAGAUUACAAUUCACACCUUUGAUCACGUUUUCAC